AUGGCCGACGUGGCCCACCAGGGUGUCAGUGGUCUGGUGAACGAGGAACGCUUGGGGAAUGAUCCUUCCACCUUUGACCAUUCUCGGGACCCGUUACUCCUGAUGAACCAUUUCCGAGACAGCCUUCCGCAGCCAAUCAUUGGCCUUGGACACAGUAUGGGAGCGACGCAAUUGGUCCAUCUCUCCCUUAUGCACCCACGGAUCCUGCAAGGUCUUUUUCUAAUAGAGCCCAUUGUUUCCCCUUAUUCCGGGGCGAAUCAGGGUCGAUACCCGGCGGCGCUAGUAUCCCUGCGACGUCGAGAUACCUUUCCCACCAAGGACAUGGCUGUAGCCCACUUUCAGCGCAGCAAGCUGUUCCAGUCGUGGGAUCCACGGGCAUUUGAUAAAUGGAUACAACAUGGCCUCCGUGAUGCUCCACCUGGCUCCGAGCCGUGA